GGAAUGAAUUUGGGAACCUGCUGUAGGGAAUGAAGUAAAUUGAAAGGGUGUGUCGGACAGUAACUGAGAGAAACACGGGGAAAAAAAGAGAAAUGGCAGCUUCACAUAACUUUCCCCCGGAAGGUUUUGCAGUCUUCAGCGGUCAAUAGGUUUUGACUGGAUGGAGUCUCUUCCAUUUUAUUAGAGGCUCAGAAAUGGCCUAUCAGAAAGUGGACCAGAGAUUUCGAGUACACACUCAAGAUGUGGACGCUGAAGAACUUCCAGUUCCUUCACUAGACUUAGAGUGGGACAUGGAAAAAGAGUUAGAAGAAAGUGGAUUUCAUGGCUUUGAACCAGAUCAUUCGAGCCAGCAUCAUUUGGGUAACUCCGCUGGAAGCACUGAUCUUGACUUUGAAUUUAUGCAGCCUUCAGCAUCACCUCGAGGAAGAUUUGCACGUCUAGAAGAAGAGUCUGAUUACAUGGCGCAUCCAAGACAAGAAUCAAAAAAUCAGCAGGGCAGCUUUACUAACAUAGUAAAACUCUUUGUCGCAGGGUUUAUUAUAUUUAUUUGUGGUUUUCUAAUUGGUUACUAUGGACGGAAAAGUAACUCAAAACAUACCUUGCCAAAUAACAUAACAACACCAAUGCCGUCUGCAUCUUCAACUGCAGUAUCUGAUGAUGGCACUAUCCUUCAGAAUAUUGUUCAGGCAAUUGAAGGCGACAGCAUCAGGAGGUUUUUCAGGAAUUUUACACAGUUUGCUGCUGAGUCAGACCAGGGGAGUUCUGCAGCACGUAUUAUGGAGCAGUGGACUGCAUCUGGUUUAACAGAAAUCUGCUUAGUCAAUUAUACAGUUCUUCUCAGCUUGCCUGAUGCAGACCAAAACAAAAUCAUUCUGACAAAUAGCAGCCAGUGCUUUCAUCCCAAUGGACAACAAUGCAGUACUUUACCCUCAGCCCCACAUGGCAAGAAGGAAAAGCAUGACCUUCUUUAUUUCUAUGCAGCUUAUUCUGCCAAAGGAUCUCUGGAGACAGAGAUCAUUGAUGUACAAUAUGGAACAAUUGAUGAUCUGCUCCAACUUCAAUCAAGCACCAAUGUUACCAAAAAAAUUGCACUAAUUAAACUUGGAAAGGCACCUUUGUUAUACAAGUUAUCUUUAUUAUUGGAGGCUGGUUUUGGAGGAGCUUUGGUCUACAUUGACCCUUGUGAUUCGCCCCCAGAGGAGAAGCUUGGGGAUGAGACAUUUUGGAUUUCUUUGAAUCCUGGAGGAGAUCCAUCUACACCAGGAUACCCUAGUAUUGAAUAGAAUCCCUACAGUGUGGAAGUAGGCCAUGCAACCCAUCGAGUCCGCAAUGCUCCUCCGAAGACCAUUGUACCCAGACCCAUCAACCUAUCACCCUGC